ACGGGCAUCAAGAAGUUGAUCCAGCAGUACGGCUACUCGGCCCUAGGCGUCUACUUGGGGCUCUCCUUGAUCGACUUGCCAAUCUGCUUCAUCGUCGUCCACUCGGCCGGUGAAGACCAAAUCAGGGACUUCCAGGACAGAUUCAUGACUUGGAUCGGAUACAAGAAGAGCAAGGACCCGCAGGCUGACCCGGAGACCACUGAGCCAGAGGAGAAGUCGUCCACCUGGAUGACUGAGUUUGCUUUGGCCUACGCCAUCCACAAGUCCCUCAUCUUUAUCCGUUUGCCUAUAACCGCGGCUAUAACCCCAUGGGUCGUGGGACGCUUACAGAAGAUGGGCUUCAAGAUCGGCAAGAUCUCCUCCUCGCAGAUAACAGCAGCCGUUAAGAAGGGCGCCAAAAAGUUC